ACGACGACAGGAUGCGAAAUUCUAUAAUACCUGUGGAAAAGCAUUAAGUUUCACACGCUGGGAUGCGGGCGAGCCAAAUGAUCAAAGAAAUGAAAACUGUGUCCAGAUAUAUUCGCAUGGCUCAGGAAAAGCAAAAUGGAACGACAAGUAUUGUAACACCCUCUAUGGAUACAUUUGCCAAUUUAAAGCACACAGAUGUGAGUGUUUAACAAACUAGACAACCUAUUAAGCGUUAUGGUCGCUGGGGUCAUUGCUGAUAAGCGAUGUUCUGAAAAAAUGUGAUCGUGAUUGAGAUUAAGGUUGCUGCCUUUUAUUGGUUGUUUAUGUCUCUAUAUGAAGUUGUUUGUUGGUGUGAGACUUAAUAUGGAAACUUUGUCAGAAAUGGGAUUCAAAGAGAAUCAGUAACGAGGUCCUUAGCAAAAUUUCUUGAGGAAAUUAAAUGCAUUGAAUAUUGGCAAAUAAUGACAGGAAAUAAAAAGUGUAUUAACAUAUUAAAGUCCAUCAAAUCAGGUGUUACUUUUACUAAUGUCAGAAAAUCUUCCCUAAGAAUUCAAAACAACAAAAAAUAUUUGGUGAGACAUUUAGGAAUUUUUACUAAAACUAAAGAAUAUUUUUCAAGAAUCUAGGGAAUUCAUAGAAAGUGGAAGUGUAAAGCCUAAGAUUCUGCCGCUUUGUUCCCUCUUAAAAUUACAUAUUUGGCGACGUUUAUUUCGUUUCGGCACGGUUUUUGUCGAAUUAUUGUAGAUCUACAAACGAUUGAUUUUUCUUGCAGAUGAUUGUUGGCGUGCAUGUUAAUUUAGAGGCAAAAUUACCCAUACGUUUUGAUGGUUUACAAAAUUGCAUAAGUAAAAAGCAUCCGCCAUCUUGAAUUUUGAUCUAAUGUUGCUGGCGCCAUUACAUGAAUUAUUCCGAUUUGUGACCCGGCCACCAAACCGAAAACUUACAGUUAUUCCUAAAAAUGGCAAGAAGAUCAAAUUAUAGAUCGCUACACCUUAAAACAAUCGGGCAAAUAUUCUCGAAAUAUCGUAAAAGCUAUACGCUACAAUGAUGCUACAUUCUUAAAAAUUUUCAGUUUUGCAAAAAAAACACGAAGUGAAUUCAGACACUAUAGGGGCCGGUUGUAUGAAACUCUUAAUCACUUUUUUAAUCACUAUUUUGUUGUCAAAUAGUGAUUAACUCUCAAAUAGGCGCUUCUUAUUGGAUGACGUUUGCACUUAACCAUAGUUAACUUUAAUCACUUUUUUAUACAACCGGCCCUAGGAUUAUUAUACAUAUAUUGGUCUAGUAUUACCAGGGUCGUAUGCAGAAUUUUCUCACCGGGCGGGGGCGGGGGGAAUAAUAUCUAUAUGUUGACAGAAUCAUACAUUCAUGGAUUCGCAAAGAUAAUAAGCGCUAUUUUGUUUAAUACCUUAAAAUAACAUUAUAAAAUUAAUAAGUUAGAAAAAGGCUAUCAUCAAACCUAUUGAUAAGGCAAAACCGAUGCAUCAUUCCAAUGGGCCGAUCACUGAUUGGGUGAACCAUAACGUUGGUCGUACACUGGUCAAUUUUAAUAAUCUUAACUGAUAAGUAAAAUUCAAACCCUUAUAUUAAAUUUUCGACGCCUACUGUGUUAGCUGCGGAAAAAUGUGGAACACAACUACUGCGCUUUUUCCGGACACCCUGAAUGUAGUUGAUAACGUGUGACACAGAUGGAGUAUUGAACAGUGCAAUACUUAAUUUGGUGGUCACUCCCCGGUCAGUACAUAUAUUUUAAAUCUUCCAGUCGAUCUAAGCUACAUGUGUUAUGAUUCAAGAUUUUACCUCGACGCACAACGCGCUAUUUGUAUGCGCAGUUCACACUAUAUGGAUGCCAUUGACCUUUUAAUUAAUAGAUUGUGCAAGCCACAUGGGCACUGCAUUGGUGUUUAACACAGUAAAAUAUGUUGAUUUUUUUAUUUCAGUUGUGUCAGCUUCCUACUCGAUUUUCUUCCGUUUUAAGUUUUAACUAUAUGUCACGUUAUACUCCCAAGGUAUAUACAAUUGAUAAAACAAAACAAGAACGAAAUCGACACCGGGACUUAACUGAUGUCAUGAUAAUGCAUGUCAUAAUAAAAAGGAUAAUAAAAGCUCACUUUACACGCUUUAUUUGCUGUUUUUUUACCUCUUUUACAAAAAUGGAAAAAUCGGCUAAAAAUGGAUGAAAAGUAAAGGCUGUAACCUUACUUUAUUAAAGAUAAUAAAAGCUCACUUUACACGCAAUAUUCAGAAAAUUUUCUCUCAGUACAGCAGAUUCAUUUUUUCAGCGGACCUCCAAUGAAAAAUUGAGAGCUUUAAUUGAAUUUUUCACAGAGAUGCCAAUUUUGUGUGAGCUGUCCGCUGAAAAGUUAAAACUUUCGGGACUUAUAGCGUUGGGUAAUUUUCAUUGACCAACAUUUUUCAAAGGACGUCUUCAUCUUAUUACUAUAAUAUGCGAGGCUCUUCCACCAAACUCUUUUUGCCAAAACCUAAGACUGAAUAUCUUAAAAAAGUCUUAGUUAUAGCUAGAGAAGCAAAAUUGUGGAACAGCCUAUAAGAUGAAGCAAGAAACAAAGUAAACUUGUACUUCUCUUACUUCGUUGAAUUCAUGUUAUACGACACCUGGCCAAUUAAUUAAUUUAUUAUUAGCAUGACAAAAUUACUGGAUGCUGAUUGGUUGAGAAGAGUACAAUUAUUUCAUUAAUUGUACUGCAGUACAAUUAAUGAUUUUCCCAAGACAAACAAAAUGGCAGAAAGGUAUUUUAAACACAAAUGUGAAAUGAAAUUGCCCUAGACAAACUAGAUGAAAAUGCGAACAAAAGCACCAAAUUUUGCUUGAACAAAAGAAUUAAAUGAAAAUACAAACAAAAGCACCAAACUUUGGUUGAAAGUCUGGCAGGACUGGGCUUUGGCGAGAGAAUAUGAUGUUGACAUUGGGAAGUACGUAUCCAAUUUUGUGAUGCUAAUAAUAAACAAGUAAUCAUGCGAUGUUGCUCGUACAAUUAGCCUGAUUAAUAGUACUCGUAAUGUUUGGAAAUUUGACAAAUUGAACUCGCCCCGGCAGCUCGUCCAAUUUUGGCAAAAUUUCCAAACAUCACUCGUGCUAUUAAUCCCUAAUUGUACUCGCCAUCGCAUGAUUACCAACACUAAUUAAUUAAUUACGUUAAUUAAGAAUAUUUCAUAUUACUAACAUUAAUUUAAUAUGUAAAUAAUUAUAUACUAGUUGUAUUUGUAAAUGUAUCGUAGUUGUAUUUGUAAAUGUAUCGUAGUUGUAUUUGUAACUGUAAUGUAAUGCAUGACCAUUAUUUGUAUUAAUUGUAUUUUUUUAACUAUUUAAAUCUACGUCCCCCUUGGAAACCAUCUUUCGCUGUAGGGGUUAGCGUAGCUAAAUAAAUUUUUACCUACCUACCUACCUACUGGCUCAUUUUUGAAAAGAAUUACAGUAGCAUACAGUCGCUCAAAGUCAACCUUUAUUGAUUUCCAAAUACCUAAAAUUUUCUUACUAUGCGGUCGUGUCUGAAUAAUAAUAUAUAUUUUUCUUUUUAAAGGUGAUUAA